UAAGAGGAAACACCAAAGUUUACAGUUUACAAAAGUUUAAAGUGUGUCAACACUCAGCGGUUUAUGGUUUCAAAUCAAUUUGUAAAGCUUUCAAGCUGAAACGACAAUCAAAUCAAACGAGAGAGCCGGAGGUGAUAUUAGUACUUAUCGAACUUUUGUGGUCAGGUGUUGCGUGCGGAGCCCUCGAAAAAAUAAACUGAAGAAGCUCUUCCAUAUAAAAGUUAGUUUACCUUCAACGUAAUUGCGAGAAUAUGGCCGAGGAAAGUUUCAACGCCGACGAAUUGAAUCCGCCAGAAUGGCUGAACCGUCAUUUUAUUACCGAAGUACUGAGUGGCCAUGAAAAGGCACCUGAACUCAAAAUAACUGACCUGACCUUCGCUCCGGCCAGUCCCAAGGGCGAUCACUAUGCCAGCAUUAUGUUCCGGGCCAACGUGAAGUACACCACCCAGAAGGGUGAGUUCACCAAGUCGCUGAUCAUCAAAACAAUGCCCGAGGCGGAGGGUCUCAAGAAGGACAUGUUGGGCGAUUCUCCACUGUUCAUAACCGAGAUUGGCAUGUACACCAGGGUCCUGCCGGAGUGCGAGCGGAUCCUUCGCGAGGUGAAUGACGAUGCCAAGCUGUAUGUGGACUGCAUCUACCACAGUCUCAGCCCGAAACAGGUGGUCAUCUUUGAUGAUCUCGUGGAGAUGGGUUACGCUGUGGUGCGAAAUCGUUUUCUUACGCAGGAGGAGAUUUGUAGUGCCUACGGCAAGCUGGCCAAAAUUCAAGCAAUUAGCAUGAAAAUGAUUAACGAGCGUCCCGAUUAUCUGAAGGACUUUAAGAACGGCAUGUGUGAUAUGCCCGGCCUAAUGGACAGUCCCAUUAUAAACGCCGGCAUGACUCCUUUUAUUGAAUUUUUGGCACGCAAUCCGGAACUAAACAAAUACCAGGCAUACUUUGAGAAGAUAAAACUCCAUUUCAAGGAUCAAGUGCGGGAAACCAUGCAGGAGUAUCGUAAGAAUCCCCGGAAAGACGGAUACUACGUGCUCUGCCAUGGGGAUUACCACAGCCGGAAUAUGAUGUUCAAGCACAACAAGGAAACUGGAGGCUUCGAGGAUUGCAUGUUGCUGGACUACCAGGGCUGCAAUGUGACUUCCAUGGCCGUGGAUCUCAUAUAUUCCAUCUACAUGCUGAUGGGGCCAGAGCAACGAGCUGAGGAACUUGAAUACCUCCUCAAGUACUACUUCACAGUUCUGCUGGAGACUCUGGGAAAGAUUGGCUAUCAGGGAGAAAUGCCCACUCUCUCAGGGUUCUGGGCUGAAAUAAAGAGGUUCAGAUAUUAUGAGUUCCUUAUGGUCAGCACAUUCCUUCCCAUUUCUGUGGGUCUCAGAGAGCAUAAUUUGGACAUUGAGGAAAUGCUUUACAACGAUGAAACUAGAAGGAAAUGUUACAAUUUAAAAGGAUAUCUCGAAGAUGCCAAAAAUAUGUUGGAGAGAUUCGAACGAUCGGGCUACUUUGAGGAUCUAUGAGAAAUAUAUUAAUUUAUUAGAAGCUUGUGAAGGAAUUAUUUCUGGCUCAAUUGCAUCUUUAAAAUGAUCAAAAAUGUACAAAAAAUUGUAUUUUUUAAAUUUUAAAUUUUUUAAGCAGAAUUUAACCUUAACAUGGGAAAGUUUUCGGAAUUGAAAUUUAUUCUUUUUUUAAUGUGUUAAAUAUCGGCACAAAGAAUGGUAUUAUAAUUUCAGUCUGUGAGGUUGUGAACAAACCAUUUUCGACCCUGUGAAGCAUAUAUUGAUCAGCAUAGUUUCAAUUUUGAAAAAUUGAAAAAAAGUUUUAUGUUUUUAAAUUUUAAAUUGGGUUUGCAGAUUUAUUAACCUUAAAUUAGCAAAAGAAAGCUCUCCGAAAUGAAAGUAAUGCAUUUUUGACUUAGUUAUAAGUGUUUAAAGCUAUGAUUUAUAGAAACAAAUGUCAUAUAAAAAUUACAAUAACUAGAAAGGAAGC